AUGGAUGAGCAAAGUGCAGGCUCGAACAUGUUCAAAGCCACCAGCUACAAGCAGCAGAAGGAGGACUUUGUGUCCAACCUCUCUGGCGGCUCCGUCACUGAAAUUGGUCUAGUGACGUCUGUUGCACCGGUCGCCGUGCUGCUGUGGUCCGUCCUCGAGGAGCGACAGUCCUUUUUCCAGCCAAAAACGGUCCUGACCCUCGCCGUCGACUAUGCUCUCAACGUCGGCGCCAUCCUCCUGGCCACGACGCUCUACUCGAGCACCCCGCUUCUCCUCAGCAUCCUCCUCGUCGCGCCCAUUGCGCUCGUCUAUCUGCUGCCGCCCAGCGCCGGCCCUCGGAGGAGGAAGCCCAGGGUCCCGCCCGCGGCAGCGUCCAAGGGCCGGCCCGAUGGGCUCAGUGUCCUGCCCGUCAAGCCGUUCCUCACCACGUACCGAGGCUGCAUGAUGGUCGUCACUUGCGUCGCCAUUCUCGCCGUCGACUUUCGCCUCUUUCCGAGGCGCUUCGCCAAAGUCGAGACCUGGGGCACGUCGCUCAUGGACAUGGGCGUCGGGUCCUUUGUCUUCGCAGGCGGUCUCUUUGCCGCCCGUCCGGUCCUCGCAGAGAGCAUGUCGGGCCGCGCAACGCCGCUGCUUCGCCGUCUCAUCUACUCGGCCCGCCACUCUGUCCCCCUCCUUGUGUUGGGCAUCAUCCGACUUUUGAGCGUCAAGGGCCUCGACUACGCCGAGCACGUCGCAGAGUACGGGGUUCACUGGAACUUUUUCUUCACCCUUGGUUUUCUCCCGCCCUUUGUGGCGACCUGCCAGACGGCGCUCAGCAUCGUCCCGUCCUAUGCCGCCCUGACUCUGCUCAUCGGCGGCACCUACCAGCUUCUGCUCGACCAGACAGAGCUCAAGGCCUUCAUUCUCGCCGCGCCGAGAACGGACCUGCUGUCCAUGAACAGGGAGGGCAUCUUCAGCUUCUUUGGCUACCUGGCCAUCUUCCUCGCCGGCCAGCAUCUGGGCAUGCUGAUCAUUCCCCGAAGUGUCAAUGCCAGGACCCGCGCUGGCGUGGGAACGCCGCGCAACACGCUGUUGCUGACCAUGGCGGCGUGGGCCGGUAUCUGGUCCGGGCUGUACUGGCUGUCCACGAGCUACUCCUUCGGCCUCGGCCUUAGCGUGUCGCGUCGGCUGGCCAACUUGCCGUACGUUCUCUGGGUGGCUGCCUUCAACUCAUUGCAGAUCUUGGCAUUCUGCUGCAUCGACAUCGUCUUCUUCCCCGCCUUUUACAGUGCGGCAAACCAAACGGCGGAGCGAGAGGCCUACGAGACGGCCACGAGCCGAGUCCUGCGGGCCUACAACCGCAAUGGGCUCGCCAUCUUCCUUCUGGCCAACCUGCUGACGGGGCUGGUCAACAUGACGGUGCACACACUGGACGUAAGCGCGGCCACGACCAUGGGGAUCCUGCUUGCCUACAUGGCGACGGUGACGGGCGCAGCGUUAGUGCUGGAUGCUUGCAACAUUUCGAUUAAACUUUGA